CAGCGAUAUGCACUGCAGCAGUCUCUCUCGCGUCCUCGUGCUCGUCCUGUCGCUCGUGUUGCUCCACGUGACGGCUGCCACCGACGACCUCCAGUGCAAAACGGAGCUCCAGGCCAAGGUGCUCGACACUUUCCAGGCCAACGCAGACGCUUUCCGCCAAUGCUCGUCGACGAGCUCGUACCAGAUCUUCCCGUACCCCGGGUCGAUGCCUUCGACACUGCAAACCGUCGCGAUCUGCGGCAGCGCCCACUGCGCCGUGCUCAUGAACAAGAUCGCCACGUUCCCCGACUGCGAACUCGCAGGCACACCGCUGCGCCGCGUCGGCCUCGUCAUGCGCCAGGUCUGCGAGGCAUUCAGCCGCGGGGUUCCGGUGCCGGGCCCGCGCCAAAUCGCCGAUCUCAUCAACAACUACCAGCCACCGGCGCCUGUGACGGCUGCACCGUCCGUGGUCCCGACAUCGGUCGCGCCAUCGACAGCAACGCCCAGCAGCGCACCAAGAACAACAGCUCCGUCGCCGGCGCCUGUGUUUUGCUCGUAA